GCGCGGUAAAUCAUGUAGAACGGAGGAAACGGAAACUUAGUGACAGCUCUGUAUGGUCGUUCUCAGGUAGUAAAAAAAGAUGUCAGGAGAUACGCAGUUGGAGGCAGGGCAGCUGCUCAGAUGUGGGGAUGGGGAGUUUGAAAAGUCCAUUAAGGAGAUGUCCCUUAAGAAUCUGCUGGGUACAAUCUCCUUGCUACAGAAGGAGAUGGCACGCGAACAGGCAAGUUUUAACUUGCUCAGUUCACAACUGGCUACACUGAACAAGAACUCUCGCCAGUACAAACAGAUCUCCAAGGAGAUGAACACCUCCCAAACACGACUCACCAUGCUCAUGAACCGCAGCAUGAAGUGCUUCCAGCAGCAAGGGAACCAGCACGUCAAAUCUCCCGCUCCUGGUCCUCCAGGAGUUCAGCGCCACAACUCCAAUGUCGAACCAAAGGACAGCAAUUCUGGAACCAAUGUCCAACGUCGUCACUCUUCCAAGGUUUCAACGACAGAAGUUGAGGCCAUCAAGGGUGGAUUUGAGACUAAGGUGUCCACACAGAACACUGGACCAAAGAAGCCAGUCAUCUUACAACCUAUUGUAAAUAACAGUAAAAUCCUAAGUAUGGGUGAUUCCAGCAGUAAGAGUUCCUCUGCAAAUGGUGUAAGUGACUCCAAUACUGAGUCCACAUCUGUGUCAUCUGUUUCUGUAAAGUCUGAAUCCACUGCCAGUGCUUCUGUCUCAUUGACCAAUGGCACCUCUUCUGUAAAGUCAGCCAAAUCCAGUGGUAUUACUUCUGCUACAAAUACUACUCCAGCUUGCAGCUUGUCUGAUGACACUACCAGCAAAACUUCCAUCUUAAACUUUGGUGUCAAAAAUACUGUGCAAAAUCUAGAGAGGAGGUCAGUUGUAAAUGUCACCCAGGUUGUAACAAAUGGUACAGCAGCAAGAUCUAUGACUUCAAAUACUUCCAGAGUUAUUGUAAAACCUGGCAAUGUUCAAGAAAAGACUGUUAUGUCUGUAUCAAGUACAAGCAGCAAACCUGUUAUGUCCAAUGUUGUAACGACAACAGCUAAAAGUGUUACAAAAACAGUCAUACAGCCAGCAAAAACCAUCACUACAACAGUAACAACACCAGCGGCAACCAUCACAAAGACAGUUGCAAAGCCAGCAACAAACGUUGCAAAGACAACACUACCUACAAAUACCAAGACAGACACAAAAACUAUAUUUAGCGGAGCUGUUACUAAACCUGCUAGCAGUGUUGUACAGGAAUCCUCAGAAGCUGCCAAGAAGAUUCCGGAUGCACCUGUUGCCCCAGUGGUCAAAAAGGUUUCCCAACCUUCCAAGUAUAGCCGACCCCCGAUCAAUGAACCGGUGGACCGAAGGGAACAAAUGCUGAAUGAGAUACGCAAUUUCAAACGUCCUGCUGAUGCACCUAAAGUUGAACCAAUAAGAAAAUCACAAGUUACAGAGGUCAAACUGGACCUAACACAAGGCAAGCCAGCUCAACAACAGAAGGUCGAACCAACCACUCUUCCGCAGAAAAAAGUAGUUCCUGUCUCGGUUCAGCAACAGAAAACUGCACCAUUUUCUAUUCCACAACAACGAAAUGUAGUUCCUACUACCAUGAAACAACAAACAAUAACUCCAGUAUCUGUCACAUCAGUUUCAACUGAAAAAUCAAAACAACCUGAGAAAAAAGAUAAAGACAUUGUGAUAUUAGAUUCCAAAUCUAAUGGUGAUCAGACUUUUAGAGCUAAACCAAUCCAACUUUCAGAUAACAAGGUUAAAGAAGAUAAACCCAAGGUCACACAGCUUACUGAUGAUUAUAUCCAACAGUCGGAAACACCAGCUCAUCCCAAAGCUGAGACAUCCACAGGAGAUGAAGCAGAAUCAGAAGAGGACCAGCCACAGGAGAAGUUUGUAAGCUCUGUAACCUUCGCUCACAAACCUUUGAAGCCUACAGAAAUUGUAAAGCCAAAGAAUAAGGCUCCAGCUCCAUCUUCAGCUCCAUCCCUAGCAGGGUCAGGUGAUCCCAUAACAGCAGCUGAACCCAUGCCAGCUGAGCCCAGACAAGUGGAUGCCCGAUAUGAAAUGCACAUCAGUCCGGAGGAGAAGAAGGGAGUUGCUUUGUAUGAGGAUGAGGAUGAUGAUGAAGUUCUGCCCAGUAGGAUCAACAUUAGAGAUUGGAACCCUACCAAACUGUUGUGUGAUCUGUAUACAGUCAAACUGGCCAAAGAGGAGGUAGAGGAUGUGUCAGACAAGUUUGUGGGUAUGGAAGGACUGAUGGAGAAGUUGCCAAUGAACAAGAAGAAGUCUACACUACUGAAGACGUGGAAACGUAGAUUCUUCAGGGCUAAGGAUGGCUGGCUUCAUUACUUCGAGACUAACAACCGUGACCGGCCGAGUGACAGUGUCCAGUUGAUGGGUGGUCGCAUAGAUGACCUCGGGAACAGGAUUCUUGGAAUCGAUGAUGGGAGGGGUAGAUACCUAAUGGUUCGCUGUCCCACCGACAAGGAGUACGGUCAAUGGAAACUGGCACUUGAGUCUCAGACGGUAGACAAUGUCGGGGCCACUUACGUACGCCCAGUCCUAAAAUCACCACCAAACCCAAGACGGAAGGUGGUGCUGAUAGAUAUUGGCAGUUGUAGCAUCAGAGCAGGCAUCCUGGGCCAGGAGGCCACUUUGCCUGAGGUGUUCUUCCCCAGUAAUGUAGCCAGAAACAAGGACAGUCCAGAGAUUCACAUAGGUAUCCAGGCCUACCAUCCGGAUGUCAGAAAGACCUCUACACUUAUGAAGGCAGUCAGACCCACCAAUAAGAUGGACAAGUCUGAAACUGUCGAUCAUAUGAAGGCAUUCAAUGUCGACACAGAGGUGAUGCCUGCUGUGUUACAGAAAAUCUUCACAGACCUGAAUGUUGACUGUACCAAGUACUGGAUCAUGAUGAGCACACCACAGAACUUGGCAGACCAGCUGAAGGCGGCACUGUUCGAAAUUUUGAUUGGUCAGUUCCGAGUUAAGGGGGUAUGUAUGGUUAUGCAGUCCCUGCUGGCCCUUUACUCUUACCAGAAAACAUCAGGCAUAUUGGUGGACAUUGGUCAACGCAUGGAGAUUCUACCCAUCUGUGACGGUUAUGUGAUUGAGGGUGGAGUGUCGCGCCAGUCCUAUGGAGGUCAAAAGAUUGAGGAUUGCCUGAACAGUUCACUGACGGAGAAUAAGUAUGUGUUUGGGACUCCCGUGGAGCAGCUGAUACUACGACACAUCAUGGAACAGUCCUGCUAUGUGGCAGAGGAUUACGAUGAUAUGGAGAAGAAGUGUGCCACAGAUCGUGAGAGUUGUCAGUCCACUGUGUUCCUAGACAAAUACGACCUUCCAGAGGGGGCGCACAGGCAGGUAAUCCAUGACCGCAGUUGUUACCAUAGUCCAGAGGGCUUCUUCAACACUGACUUGUGGGGUAUGGACUACCCAUGUAUCCAUAAUCUGGUGUUCAAGGCCAUACAGUACUGUCCCAUAGACAGUCGUAAACACAUGUACAGAGCGGUCUAUCUGAGUGGAGGUGUCACCAUGCUGCCCGGAUUUGCUGAAAGACUUCAGAAAGAACUCAUUAAGCUGGCUCCUCCAUCAGUUAUUGUUGAGGUCCAUGCCUCACCCCACCGUUACCAUGCUGCUUACAUUGGAGCCUGUAGCCUAGCCAACAUGGACAUGUUUGAACAGACAUGCAUCACUGGAGACGAGUGGGCACGGAACGGUGUCAAGGCUUUUGCUAAAUGGGCCAUGCAGUCCUCCUAGGUGGCGCUUUGAUCACACCUGUCUCGCCAGUAUCUGAAGCCUGUCGUGGUUUGUUUGUUUACUGGGUUUAUCAACCAGUGAACAGCCUGUCAGGGAAACAGUAUAAAAAAUUAGCCUGUAUCCUGUAGUUGGGUCAAUGAACAUCUAUGGAACACUGGGGUCAGCUGCAGAUGUUGCUCAUUAUGUAGCCUGAGUAUAAUUUUAUCUAACUGCCUUAUAACUAUCAGAAUGGUGUUCACACUGCAUCCACAGUGUAAUCAUACUGUAAUCUUACUGUUAUACUGUAAACAUACUGUUGUUAUACUGUAAACAUACUGUUGUUAUACUGUAAACAUACUGUUAUACUGUAAACAUACUGUUAUACUGUAAACA